GCCCCCACCUGAGCCACCGCCUCCUCCCUCUUCUUUUCCUUCCCUUUCGCCGGCUCCGUCGGAGCUGUCCGUCCUCUUGGUGCUGAAUUCUCUUCCCACCUCCGCGUCUCCCGGGUGUUCCGUUUUGGUUCUGAGAAGAGGCAGGUCAACUCCGGCUGAGGUGCGCUCAGCAAGUUCCUCUCCAGCCAGCGGCCGCUAUCCCCUGGGAAGCCGACGGGAGUGGGAGGCGGGGAAGAAUCUCCAGAGCUUUUGCUGCUCGGAACAGCAUCACAAAGCUUUGGCUCAUCUUUCAAGAUUCCCUUUCCCUUAUCUCCUCCUCCUAUUGCUUUAUAAACUCUACAAGAGAAUGAAAGGGAGGAGCGCCCUGUUCGCAUGAACCCCACUUCAAGAACCCCUGUCUCCCCAAAACGGAGCGACAUAAGAGCUUUGCCCAACUCAAGCUGCUCUCCUGAGAAGUUGGGGGACAUUCUCUCCGAGGAGGCAAAGGCUAAAUCCAUAGGGUGGGAGCUCCUACCCAGUCAAUGUCCCUUUUUCCAAGAGGCUGACCCUCCUUAGCCUCAGGAGAUUCUGUCUGAGAACAGAAAUAGUCUUUCCUGGUGGGAGGAGAUUCCGGGAGAGUGCCUCUUCUCCACUGGGGCACUCCAUGCUGGUUUGGCAAGACCCUAUUAGCCUUGCCUUCUCUCUGGGUAUCUCCAGAGAUCCCAUGGAGAUGGGAAGUCUGGCAGGAAGCAGGGAGAAGUGAGAAGAGGAAGAAGAGAGGAGCAAAAACGUGGAAACUUUUGGAUAUACAGGUCAAGACGUGAAGGCGGCACUGUGGUUUGUGGUUCUUGCUGUCUUAUCUUAUGGCUUGAAGAUCCCCAAACCAGCUGCUUCUUCCUCAUGGAUUUCCAGAACAUGUCCUCGUAUGAUGACAGCUACGAUAACCAAACCCUCAAUGGGUCUGGCCCAGGACAGGAGCCCCCUCAGUAUAAUUUCUAUGCCAUGCUCCUCACUCUCCUCAUCUUCGUCAUCGUCUUUGGAAAUGUGCUGGUGUGCAUGGCUGUGUCGAGGGAGAAGGCUCUUCAGACGACCACCAACUACCUGAUUGUCAGCCUCGCCGUGGCAGACCUGCUCGUGGCUACUCUGGUGAUGCCAUGGGGGGUCUACUUGGAGGUGGUUGGUGAGUGGCGUUUCAGCCGCAUCCACUGUGACAUCUUCGUCACCCUGGACGUUAUGAUGUGCACAGCUAGCAUCCUCAACCUUUGUGCCAUCAGCAUCGACAGGUAUACUGCCGUGGCCAUGCCGAUGCUUUAUAACACACGCUACAGCUCCAAGCGCAGAGUCACUGUCAUGAUUGCCGUGGUCUGGGUCCUCUCCUUUGCCGUCUCCUGCCCACUGCUUUUUGGGCUGAACAACACAAAGAAGAAUGAGUGUUUCAUUGCCAAUCCUGCCUUUGUUGUGUAUUCCUCUAUCGUCUCCUUCUACGUCCCCUUCAUUGUCACCCUGCUGGUGUACGUGCAGAUAUACAUAGUGCUGCGGAAACGCAGGAAGCGGGUCAACACCAAGCGCGUCGCCGCCACCAACAUGGGCCUGGACCCUGACACCGAGGCCCCACUGAAGAGCAAAUGCACUCAUCUAGAAGACGUCAGGCUCUGCACACUCAUCAUGAAGACCAAUGGGAGCUUCCAGCUUCACAAACGGAAAGUGGAUGCAGUAAAUCACAUGGAAGAGAUGGAGAUGGCAACCAGCACCAGCCCUGCAGAGAAAACCAAACACAAGCCACCUGUGCCAAGUAACGACGAAGUGGCCAUGCCAGCUGCUUCCAACCUCUGUGCCAAUUCCACUCUGCGGUCGCCCACGGACGGCCCACCAAAAGUAGAGAAGAACGGGCAUACUAUGGAUAACCCCAAAGCAGCCAAGAUAUUUGAGAUCCAAACAAUGCCCAAUGGCAAGACGAGGACCUCCCUCAAGACGAUGAGCAGGAGGAAGUUUUCACAGCAGAAGGAAAAGAAAGCCACACAGAUGCUGGCCAUAGUGCUUGGCGUCUUCAUCAUCUGUUGGCUCCCAUUCUUCAUCACCCACAUCCUGAACAUGCACUGCAACUGUGGCAUCCCCCCGGCCCUGUACAAUGCCUUCACGUGGCUUGGCUAUGUCAACAGUGCUGUCAACCCCAUUAUCUACACCACCUUCAAUAUUGAGUUCCGGAAGGCCUUUAUGAAGAUCCUUCACUGCUAACUCUCCCAAGGACUGGGUGCAUGAUUAGCAUGGUCCUCCUGGGGACCGUGAAGACACCAUGUGUUCUGCCUGGACAACAAAGCACGCCGUGUUAUGGGUGUCAUGCCUACAUACAUUUGUCAGCUGGGUUGAAACCACUGUAUUGGUUGAAGGUUGUCUCAUUCAUGACCAAGGUGGCAUUCAGACUCUGGGAGACUGAUGAAGAAGAGUUCAUUUCAACUGCAACCUUUGCACUGUGCUAGAAACAACAGCAGUUAGGGAAAAUGUCCCAAAUAACACUUGUGGUCUCCAGUGCAUUCAUCACAGUGAUUAGCCGAGCCUAACAGUCAAAUGCAUUGACUUGCUCGUGUGUAGCUCUGAUGGAUACAUUUCUCACCAAAGACACCACCAUCCUGUCUGCUUUGCAAUAGGAGAACCUCUCUCUGCCACUGCCCCCCAAACCAGCCAGGACUUCUGAGGAUUGUGUCCAUUGGCCUUGCCUUCAGACUUCAAGGUCUGGUUGGGCAGGCUGCAUAAAGGUGUUCAGUAGCCUCAAAACACUAUUGCCAGGAGGAGAAUGUAAGAAAAUGGAACCUCAGUAUGGAGGACACUGUAUAACAAUGAUGUGUGAGUGUGUGAGUGUGUGUGUAUAUAUAUAUAUAUAAUUGAAUGAACUGAGCAGAAGCCCAAGCCAAAAAAAAUAAGAAUAAUAAAUUAAAAUAUACAAAAUCUUG